AUGCAGCCUCGAAUCAUGGCGAUCCUUGUUGUGCUGAUCCUCGGCAUCACAAGUGCCUCGGGGCUUCAGGAGGCGAAUAGCAGCAUCUGCCUUUCCAACACCGGGAAGGCGUAUGAUGAGUAUUAUUGCGGCGAGGUGGGCAAAAAGCGAGGUUGCAUAUGGAAAGCUGGGCAGUGCGUUUGCGAAAAUGGCGGGCAGUAUUCGAAGUCCAGCCACAAGUGCUGGCCACCAGCUCCGUUGACAACACAGGCGGCUCCGACCACAACCACUGUGCCAGUUGCUGCGCAUCCCUCGCAGGAAGGCAAUGGCAGCGUCUGUGUUUCGAACUCGGGUCAGCCCUACACUGAGUACUACUGUGAUUCGGUAGGAAAGAGCAGGGGCUGCAUCUGGAAGGACAACCAAUGUGUCUGCGCAAAUGGCGGCUACUACGCCAAGUCCAGCCACUAUUGCUGGCCACCGGAAUCGCCGACGCGCUCCCCAACUCCGGUGCCAAAACCGGCCUCGCCGCCUGCUCCUGCAGGGACCGACGUCCUCGACUACUUGGUAGCAUGGCUGCCCGGGUCGCAUUGGUGCGCCGGCUUCAUUGACGCCUUCAUUGGUGCAUGCUGCAUAUGCGCCCUUCCGUGCACCAGACAGCACGCACGGCGGUGGAUCCCACGGAGGCCUGCGCUCGCAGCGUCGCAGCAAGCCAGGCAGGCGAUGCUGGAGAAUGGAGGU